AUGGCCAGAGGCUCUCAGGCCACCUCAGCUGUGCCCAUUCUCCUGCUCCAUCUGAAGAGCUUUUAUGAUCAUCCCCUAUACCAGGGGCUCAUCCAGCCCAAACAGCGCCUCUGCAGCCCCACCUCAGUUCUAAUACCCAAACUGCCUAACAAGCCCAAGAUGCAAGCCAUAGAAGAUAUGUUUCCCAAUGACUGGAAUCCACCACCUAUCAAGUUCCUGAACCCAUGGGCACCACUGGUCAGCAGGGGUGACCCAGCCCUGGGUGACCCACCCCGGGAAUUCACCCUAGGGAGCUCGAACAGCUACAUCAAUAGCUUAGAUUACUUAUUGCAGGAGAAGAAAUGAGUAUGAAAAAGGUUGUUGGAACAAGAGCAAGAAAAGAUGCUCCUGCAAGAGUGUCCUGAUAUCAACUCCCUGGAUCUCAAAGAAGAAGAGGUGCUGCUCACAGCCGAGCACAGAUAAAGAGCUGAGUUAGGUGGAUUGCUGCUGGAGAGGUUCUCUACGUCACUGCAAGCCAUCCCAACAGUACAUCCAGGCAAGACAAUGUUUCUGUCCAGGUAGUACCCUCCGCCUUGCAUCCUUGACUAUGCGCACCUAAAGUCCCAGAACCAAUUGGAAGGGGUGUUCUUCAGAUCCAUGCUGACCCAGCAGCUGUCCUUCCUGUGCAUUGGCUUUCUGAGUACCAUUUACCUGGACCUACCCCACUGCCCACUGCCCCUGCUACAGUGGUUGUUGCAGCUGCUUACAUGGCCUCUAGAAAUUUCUUCAAGAGCCUUCACCCUGCUGUGGAAUUUCAUUGUAGAUGGGCUCUUCUGUCAGUCUGAGGAAGAGUUGUACCUGUGGUACCCUUUGCUUCAGGAGAUCACGAAGGUAUUUCAUAGCCUGGAUGCCUACAAUGUCCAUCUUUUUCCCCAGGAACCCAGAGUAGGUGUCUAUUUCCAGACACCACCAGACCCUGAUCCUGCCUCUCACAUAAUCCUGACCCUUUGUGCCUUUGCCCAGCCAGAGGCCUACUCUGACAGUUACCUCCUGGGCCUGAUUGAACUGCUGUACCAUGUCAGUCUGGACAUGGGACUUUGCCUGCUGCCCAAUACAGAUCUCCAGCAGCUCAUGUUCGUGCUCCUACAAAACAUUCAGGAAUGGCCAGGCAAGAUCAGGCAGCUGUGCUGGGCACUGAGCUCUGUGUCAGAUCACCACCAUAACCUGCUGGCUCGUGUGUAGUUCUUCCUAGAUGUAACUUUCUGUAGCAGGCAGCUGUGCAGCCAGCUUAGUCUCCUGAUCAUUGCCCGGAUGCUGGACCAGCAAGACAUACUUCCUUUCUGGCAAGAGAAGACUCAGCUAUCCUUGGUCAGCCGGCUUCUCAGUCUCAUGAGGCCUUCAUCUCUCAGACAGCACCUGGGUGCUAAGUCUGUGCUAUCCUGCUAAGAACCGCAUCCCAAAGCCAACGUUGAGCUGGACCACAAGGCCUGCUACCUGUGCCACAGCCUGCUGACACUGGCCAGAGUGGUAGUCAGCUGCCAGGAUAACACUGAUGAACAGUGGGAUGAGCUGCAGCUGCUGUGCAUGCAGCUUGACCACCGUAUCAGCACCCACACCCGGGAGAACCCCCAGGCCAUGCAUCGCACGGAACUCAAGGAUCUACAUCUGCUGGCAGGAGCUGUUGGCACUCUGCCAGACUUAGGUGAUGCCCCCACGCCUGGGGGAGGGAAAAUUGCUGCCCAGAGCUUGCUGCCCCUACCCCAGCACUGUGCCUCCCUGACAGUUAACCUGCAGGCAGAGCAUCAAUCUUCAGCCCCUGGGAAAAGUCCGAGGGAUAUCCUGAUUGAGGCCCCUGGAAACGCAGCAUCCGGGGCUGUGAUGACGGAUGUUUUCCUGCUUCCUUGUGGGGGGGGGGGCAGGAAGGGAAGGGCUGCUCAGGUGGACGCCUUCGAUAACUCACCCCAGGAGGAAGCAGGGGACAGCCUUUUCCUAUGUCCCCGCUCACCCCUACAAGACCUACAGACCCAUGAAGGGUGA